AUGGCCGACUCAGAAAAAGACGCCUCAAAGAAUCAUGUCUUGGACACAGAGUCAUUUCGUAGCAAUGAACUCGAUGCUAACCACAAACUCGUUCGACAAUUGAAAAACCGGCACAUUGCCAUGAUCAGUAUUGGAGGCGUCAUUGGAACAGGUUUGUUUUUGGGAACAGGAAACGCCCUCCACAAUGGUGGACCUAUUGGCCUACUUCUUGGUUACAUUACCAUGGGUACAAUCUGUUACAGCGUUAUGGUAUCAUUGGGCGAAAUGGUUGCCUACCUUCCAAUACCUGGAGGUCACAUUAAGAUGGCCGAGCGCUUUGUCGACCCUGCCCUCUCGUUUACUAUGGGUUGGAAUUACUGGUAUAACUGGGUUAUCAUCCUCCCCGCCGAACUCAGCGCCGCGUCUGUCCUCAUUGGGUUUUGGAACGACAAAAUCAAUCCAGCUGUCUGGAUCACUGUUUGUAUGAUAGUCGUCAUUGUUAUCAAUAUGCUCGGAGCAGGGGCAUACGGCGAAGCCGAAUUCGUAUUUGCGUCGAUAAAAGUCAUCACGAUUACUGGUCUUAUCAUUCUUGGCAUCGUUCUUGACCUCGGAGGCGGUCCGGAUCACGACAGACUCGGUUUCAGAUACUGGAAGAACCCUGGCCCUUUUGUACAAUACCAAGGUAUUCAGGGUGCGAAGGGUAGAUUCCUUGGAUGGUGGGCCGUCUUGACCCAAGCGGCUUUCUCUUUCAUUGGCACUGAAAUCGUCGCCAUUGCUGCUGGAGAGGCGAAGAAUCCGAGGAGAAAUUUACCCAAAGCAAUUAAAAGGAUUUACAUCCGGAUCUUGCUGUUCUAUAUCCUCGGCACAACAGUCAUUGGGUUACUGGUCCCAUCAAAUUCAAGUGGUCUCGCCAUCGGUGGUGGGACUGCAGCAUCGUCUCCCUUCGUAAUUGCCAUUAAACGAUCGGGAAUCAAAGCUUUACCCUCUAUCAUCAAUGCUUGUCUGUUGACGUCGGCCUGGUCAGCUGCAUCUAGCGACUUGUAUACCAGCUCGCGUGCUCUUUAUGGCCUUGCUAGUUCUGGCAAUGCUCCCAAAGUUUUCCUCAAGGCCUCCGCAAAUGGCCUACCAUAUGUAUCGGUUAUAUUCAAUGCCAUGUUCGCAUUGCUUGCUUAUAUGGGCAUCAAAUCUGGAUCCGGGAGAGUCUUUGGCUGGUUCGCAAAUUUGACUGCUGUUGCUGGUCUUAUGACCUGGUUUGGCAUCAGUCUCACGUAUUUGCGAUUCUACAAAGGAAUGAAAGCUCAGGGUAUUGAUCGAAGCCAACUCCCGUUCUAUUCCAAUCUUCAACCCUUCGCUGCGUGGUAUUCUAUGGUGGCGUGUCUAAUCAUCUCUUUUCUUAGCGGAUGGACCGUUUUCCUCAAAGGACACUGGGCAACUGAUACCUUUAUAACCAACUACUUCCCUCUAGUGCUGUUCCCCAUUCUGUAUCUGGGCGCCAAGUUUUACUACAAACAACCCGUCGCAAAACCCCACGAGAUGGACUUUGUGACGAAUAUCGCGCAGAUCGAGGCUGAAACAUAUGAUGAGCCACCGCCCAGAAACAGGGCCGAAGCAUUUUGGCAGUGGCUGAUGUGA